CAUCACAUCACAAACCUAUAUCGCUACAAUGGUUCUUCUAAAGACCAUCCUUGCGUACGGCUCAUUGGCCAGCGCCAUUGCUGUACCAGCUCCCCUCGUCAACUUUGCUGGCGAAAAGGGCCAAUUCACCGUUAACCUCAAGUACAAUGAGAAGUUCCAGCGCUCCAAUCUCCCUAUUGGUACUGUCAUCCCGAGAGAUGACGGCAGCGGUUCGACCACUGCCCACAACAGCAAGUCUCGACCUGACGGCGAGUACUAUGCCGAGAUUCUUGUGGGAACUCCUGCCCAGAAACUCAACCUCCUCUUCGAUACUGGCUCCAGUGACCUUUGGCUCUUCGGUGCCGAUACCAAGGGCAAAAUUGAUGCUGGCCAGGCCAAGUGGAAUCACACCGCUAGCAACACCGCUUCGCUCGUCAAGAAUGGCAAGUGGUCAAUCGGCUACGGCGAUGGCUCUGGUGGUAAGGGCACCAUCUAUAAGGACACUGUCUCUAUUGCUGGAGCCAGCGUCAGCGGCCAGGGUGUCGAGUACGCGACACAGGUCUACCAGCAGGGUAACGGCGACAACAUUCUCGGUGUCCCUGUCUCUGGCAUUGUUGGCUUCGGCUUUGACAAGAUCAACACUGCCUCGCCUAAGCAGAAGACGCUCUUCUCCAACUUGAAGGCUCACCUCAACCAGCCUGUCUUCACAGUUGACAUCAAGCACCAGGCUGACGGCACCUUUGGCUUUGGCUUCAUCGAUGAGUCCAAGUACACCGGUAACAUCACUUACACUGAUGUGGACUCGUCUCGUGGUUUCUGGACUAUUACCUCCACUGGCUAUGCCAUUGGUGAUGGCGAAUUUGUCCCACUCAACUACAGCGGCAUCGUCGACACUGGCGGCUCUGGCUUCUCCGUUCCCAGUGACGCUUUCAGCGCCUGGAAGAGCCAGAUCUCCGACAGCACCAUUACUGCUGAGACUGUCCUGCCCGAUUUCAUCUUUGGUAUUGGCAGCUCUCAGAUUAGAGUCCCUGGUGCUAACCUGAAGGAGAAGAGAGCUGAUGGUACCUACCGCCUCACCAUCGGCGACGGUGGUGAUGGUGCCUUUUUCGGCUCACCUUCCUUGACCAACGCCUUUGUUGUCUUUGAGGACGGUCCCAACGGUCCUAGAACCGGCUGGGCUACUUCCAAGUAG